UUGUCCAUGGAUGCGGCUAAUUCAUCUGUGGUAUCUGAAUUUGUGCUGCUGGGGCUCUCCAGCUCUCAAGAACUUCAGCUUUUCUUUUUUGUGGUCUUCUCCAUGUUGUAUGGUAUUAUCAUCCUGGGCAAUCUUCUCAUCAUAAUUACAGUGACCUCUGAUGCUUGCCUACACUCUCCCAUGUAUUUCCUGCUGGGAAAUCUAUCCCUUAUUGACAUCUGUCAGUCCUCUUUUGCUACCCCAAAGAUGAUUGCAGACUUUCUGAAUGAACACAAGACCGUAUCCUUCAAUGGCUGCAUAGCCCAGAUUUUCUUCAUUCACCUCUUCACUGGUGGUGAGAUGGUGCUGCUGGUCUCCAUGGCCUAUGAUAGAUAUGUGGCCAUCUGUAAACCUCUACACUAUGUGACCAUCAUGAACCAGCAGGUCUGUACUACCUUAGUAUUAGCCUCCUGGGCUGUUGGUUUUAUACACACCAUGAGCCAGUUAUCAUUUACUGUGAAUUCGCCUUUUUGUGGCCCCAAUGUGGUGGAUAGCUUUUUCUGUGACCUUCCUAGAGUGACCAAGCUUGCCUGCCUUGACUCCUAUACCAUAGAAAUAUUAAUUGUGGCCAAUAGUGGGAUUCUUUCCUUAAGCACUUUCUUCCUUUUGUCCAUUUCAUAUAUAGUCAUUCUGGUCACUGUCCGGUAUAAGUCUUCUGCUGCAAUGGCUAAGAAGGCAUUUUCCACACUGAGUGCUCACAUCAUGGUUGUGACAUUGUUCUUUGGGCCCUGCAUCUUCAUCUAUGUGUGGCGUUUCACCACCUACCCAGUGGAUAAAAUCCUUACCAUGUUUUACACCAUUUUCACUCCUAUCUUGAACCCCACUAUUUACACAUUAAGAAAUAAAGACAUGAAGGCUGCCAUGAGGAAACUUGCAACUCGAAAACUGAAGUCCAGGAUUCCUGAAAUAUCCCUCAUAACCAGACCUUCUUUUAUUGAACAUACAUCCUCCAAUCUUAAAGUCUUGGUGCAAACCUUAUAUUGCUAUAUAUUUAUAUCAGCCAUUAUUGCUGUUAUACUUUUUGUUAGCAUCGUUACUACAUUCCACCCUUGA